AUGUGGACUUCUAAUGAUGGAAAUCAAAGAUUUUUGGCCAUCACAGGACACAUAAUUGAUGAUGAGUGGAAAAGACAAUCAUAUAUCUUGAGGUUUGCAAAUGUGCCAUUACCUUGUACAAAUGAGUCAAUUAGCAAGGUCAUUCUAGAUUGUUUCUCAUACUUCGAUGUGAUAAAAAAACUGUCAACUAUAACAGUCGAUAGUUACACUUCUGAUGACAAGCUUGUUGACAUUCUAGUGGAAAAGCUUUCAGGAAAUAAACUCCUCUUUAGAGUAAAACUAUUCCAGUUACCAUGUUUUGCUCAUACUUUGAGCCUGAUGGUGCAAGAUGGACUUGAUGUGGUUAGGCAUGUAAUUGAGAAAAUACGUAAUAGUAUCGUGUUUUGGACAUCAUCACCAGAAAGAGAAAUGACAUUUAAGAAAGCUGCUUGUGAGUUGGGUGUACGCACUACAACAAAGUUGGUGCUUGAUGAUGGGUUGAAUUGGAGUUCAACAUACUUGAUGCUGCAAGACUCAAUUGUUGUCAAGGAUGUAUUUUCUCAUUUUAGACAGCAGCAAUCUCAAUAUGACUCUUUGCCUACUAAGGAAGAAUGGGAUUUAGCUAUGAAAGUGUGCAAUAGGCUGCAAUUUCUGUAUAAUGAGACGAAGUCUUUGGCAGAUUGUCCUGCUGCUUGCUUCUAUUUUAUGCACUUGUGUUUCAUUAAAGAGACUUUAACCGAGUGGCUCGAUUGUGAGGCUCCAGUGAUUAAAAAUAUGGCCUCAAUGAUGGGGGUUGUGUCUGUGUUUCACCCUAAAUAUCGAUUUUUCUCAGUGGAGCACUUUUUUCCAUUAAUUUAUGGAAAUGAAGCUGAAGGUGUAAUUGAAAGGGUUCGCCGAAUGUUGUAUGAUUUAUUUAAUGAGUACAAGAGCUCCCUUCCUGUGGAAAAACCCAGUAAUGAGGGCUUAAGCUUGCUAGAGUUGCGGCAAAAUCCUGCAGAAUUCAUGUUCAAGAGGUAUCUCAGAGAAAUGAAGAAGAAAGAACCCGAACAUUACGAGGUUGACUUGUACUUAAAAGAAUAUUUUGAUCCAGAAACAAAAGAUUUUGAUAUCUUGUCUUGGUGGAAUAAAAAGAAGUCAAGAUAUCCUGUCUUGCAUAAGAUUGCAAAAGAAGUCUUGGCUAUUCCAAUUUUCUCAGUUGAUGUAGAGAAUGCAUUUGAUAUUGGUGAUAAGAUUUUGGGUGCAAAUCGUAGCAGACUUCGUCCAACAAUGGUUGAGGCAUUGAUGUGUACUCAGAGUUGGAUUAGGAGACGCAAAAACUUGGAUUCCUAA